AUGGAGUCCAUGGACAUGAUCAGCCCCUUUCUAUUCAAAUACAAGGGCAAGAACUUCCCAGUGCAGGAUGGAAAGACCCCAAAAGACCUGGAUGAGCUGCUGCAUAUGGAGGUUCGCCCGACUGACGUGUGCAUUGUCACCUUCCCCAAAUCAGGCUCGGCGUGGAUGCAGCAGAUUCUAGUCCAGAUCAUGGACGAAGCUCACCCGGACCAAGUGGAGGACGACAACAACAGGCGGCGUGUCCCCUGGAUCGAGGGCGGGACGCUGGACAAUUGUGAAAGGGAAAGGCCGGACCCUCGCCUUUACGGCACCCAUGUGACUCCAGACAUGCUGCCGCUGGGAAUCCAGGAGAAGCAAGUGAAGACCAUCUAUGUGAUGAGGAACCCCAAAGACGUUCUGGUGUCUCUGUACCACUUUUCUAUCAGCUGGGUGAUGCUGGAAACUCCCAAGAGUUUCAAUGAAUUCUUCGACGACUUCAUGGACGGCAAAACGUUUAUGGGUUCGUGGUUCGACCACGUCAGAGAAUACUACCGCGAGAAGGACAAGAUGAAUCUGCAUUACGUCAUGUUUGAGGACAUGCUGAAGGACGCUAAAGGAGAGGUUGAGAAAAUAUGCAAGUUUCUGGAGAAGGAUCUGUCGGAUGAAGCCAUCCAUCGAGUGGUGGAGUCCUCCACCUUUGAUAACAUGAAGACCAACCCGAAAGCCAACUUCAAGGACCUGCUGGAGACAGGCCGCUACAGGAAGGACAAGCCCACCAUGCGCAAAGGUAAAGCAGGCGACUGGAAGAACUACUUCACCGUGGCCCAGAACGAGUACUUUGACCAGGUGUUUCAGGAGAAGAUGGAAGGAAUCCCUCUGGACAUCACAUGGGAGGUCAAACCCUAAAAUACGGGAAGCGAAAGACUCAACUGC